AUGAGGCCAAAGCGUGGUAUGAUAAAGUUUGGUAAAAAAAGGCGUCAACGAUUCGGUAUCCCUAAAUUGACCUCAAAAGAAAGAUUAGAAGAAGGAAGAAGUCAAUUAGAGCAAGGAAGAAGUCAGUUAGAAGAAGGAAGAAGUCAGUUAGAAGAAGGAAGAAGUCAGUUAGAAGAUGGAAAAAGUCACAAAUGGGAGCAAAAGAGUACAUUUAUGAAACCUGAAGCUACUGUAGACGAAGUAGAAGAAUACAUUAGCGAAGAUGAAGAAGGUUAG